UUAGUUUGUCAUCUUGUAUUUGAUUUGUUUGAAAAUAAAAGGAAUAGUUUUCCAAGAACAAUGAAGCUGGGAAGUGUGAAAACAAUUGGGUUCACAAAUCUCAAAAUACUGCUAAUUUUUUAGUCUCUUGAGAUCCUUAAAUUGGAUUUCAACAUCUCCAUAUAAGGUUCACCAAAGCAACAGAGCUUCAUUGAUAACUGCUAUUCCCAUGGUGUCCUUGGUUGCAGUUUUUAGCUUAGCUUAGCUCAAGUUUCUCUCCAAUUCAUCUUGAUUAUCGCAUAAACACACUCUCCAUUACAGUUUCCCUGAAACGGCGCCCUAAGCUUCGGGGGCAGACUCCUUCUCAGGAAGCAGAUACUUGGAUUUGCAUUAAGUGAAAUUGUACUGUGAACUAAUUCUCUUUUAGGUUUCCUGUUUAAUACCUGCUUCACAGAUGGUGAUCUUCUGCUGUUUACAUUAAAUAGUCUUUGAGAUUAUCAUUGACAGGUCUGGUUUAGUUUCCCGAGCAGUUUCUUGCUUUUACAAGAAACUGUACUUGGAGUUUCAGCAUUUCAGGUUUCUGAACACAAGAACGGCUACUUCUAAGUUAGAUUUCCAGUGUACCCUUCCCCACUUUGAUUCUCUCUAGAUUAACAUAAGGCUUCAAGGAAAGGGAUAGAGAGAUCGAAGACGAUCAUGGAAGAAAAGAAUGAUGUUGGUAAGAUUGAUGAAGUGAUGUUGCCUGGAUUUCGUUUUCAUCCAACCGAUGAGGAACUUGUUGGUUUUUAUCUCAAGAGAAAGAUACAACAGCGACCUCUGCCUAUUGAGUUGAUUAAGCAAGUGGAUAUCUACAAAUAUGAUCCCUGGGAUCUUCCAAGGCUAGCGACUUCAGGGGAAAAAGAAUGCUAUUUCUACUGUCCAAGAGACCGUAAAUACAGGAAUAGUGCAAGGCCAAAUCGAGUCACAAGAGCUGGGUUUUGGAAGGCAACUGGAACAGACCGUCCUAUUUGCUCCUCUGAUGGGACCAAGUGCAUAGGCUUGAAGAAGUCCCUGGUCUUCUACAGAGGUAGAGCUGCCAAAGGGAUUAAGACUGAUUGGAUGAUGCAUGAGUUUCGACUACCUUCACCAGCAGAACCAUCACCUCCAAAGAAGCUCCUAGAAAAAAGCCUUCCUCCAAAUGAUGCGUGGGCUAUUUGUAGGAUAUUCAAGAAAACCAACUCUAUGGCACAAAAAGCUCUUAAUUACUCGUGGAUUUCCCAAUUACCAGAUGCUACGGCAUCUGAUAUGCUCAACCAAGGACCUCACUGCACUCAGUUCAGUUCAGAGAACAUUUCCUGCACCACAGAAAUUGGAUCACUUUUCCCAAUAUGCUCUAAUGACUUACAACAAGCCUCUUCUGGGAACUUUUCUGCUUUAGAUAUAUCCUCUUACAAACCUAUUACUAAUACAGUUGACAAGCCAUCUCUAUUUCCUGUUUCAAAUGGAGACCUUCCCAACAACUUCAUGUUUUCACCAAUUGAGAUGUCAGCUCCCACCAAGUGUACUGUUGAUGCUCCUUCUAUGCUAUUGAAUCAUGCGUUAAUUGGUGAUGUUAAUAAAGAUUCUGAAAGUAUAGACUAUGAAGGGUCACAGCACCAGUUCACUGGAUUCUCAAUCUGUUUACCCCAAGUUACACAAGUUAAUAUGGGUGCAGAAGAAGAUGAAGCAGGCUUGAGGAAUAAUCCCAGCGAAAUCCAUGAUAAUAGCCAGUGGGGGACCAUGCGAUCCAUUGGAUUCCCCUUCGGUUUGCCCUCAAAUCUACCAGAUGCAUGGAAGUCUAAUCUGUCAUGGGAUUCACCACCCUGUCCUAGUGAGAUGUCCUCCAAUUAUUCCACAAACAAAUGCUAUACUUAAAUCCAAUUAACUAGAGAGGAAAUGGGAUUUAGGUAUAGCAUUUUGCCUGUAUAUCCUGCUUUGGGUGAAUAAUUGGAGAUAGACUCUAAAUUAUAUCAUGUUUGCUAUGUUAUUGUACAGUUUUGAUAUAUUCCAUUCACACGCACUUUCUUAUUUA